AUGGAGACGCUGGAUCCUGGCCCUGCAGAUGGUGAGGAGCGCCUGGUGGAGCUGCGGCCAAGAACCCGCUCCAAUCCCGAAGGCGCAGAGGACCGUCGAAGCAGCACGGGUAGCCUUGGAGGCGGAGGUAAUCCCGGUUUAUCGCAACCGGCAGUGGGUAGCCGCGUCGAAGGUGAGGGCGAGGCCUCGACCAGCGACAGCCCUCUGUCUUCCACCACUACAACCAUUUCUGCAGCUGCGGCUCAGACCGCCGCCCCCGUUGUCCCUACUACUGUCUCCUCAAGUGUACAACUUGCUCUGGCCGCUGCAUCCAAGGAAAGGCCUAAACCCACACCACAGCAGCCUGCACUGACAGCCUCGGUGCCUCAGCCAGCAGAGUACCAAGUCAGAGUACCUCGUGUCAACUGUCCAGAAAAAGUGAUCAUCUGUUUGGACCUUUCUGAAGAGAUGUGUUUACCAAAGUUGGAGUCAUUCAAUGGCUCUAAAACAAACGCCUUGAACAUUUCCCAGAAGAUGAUCGAGAUGUUUGUUAGAACCAAACACAAGAUUGACAAACGGCAUGAGUUUGCUCUGGUGGUGGUCAAUGAUGAUGCUCUGUGGCUUUCAGGCUUCACUUCAGACCCCAGGGAGCUAUGCAGCUGUCUGUACGACCUGGAGACCAACGUGUGUGAGACUUUCAACCUGGAAGAUCUUCUCGGUGUCAUUGGUCAGAAGAUAGACCUGCCGUCGAUGGAGAACAUUCAGACCAUUCCACCUCCUUACGUGGUCCGGACUGUACUUAUUUACGGUCGCCAUGCCGGACAGCUACAGCUUAACCCCUCUGAGGCUGUCAGUAAAAUGCUUCAAUCUCCCUAUUUUUUCUUCGAUGUGGUCUACCUCCACAAUGGUGCAGAAGAUCAUGGGGAGGACACAAGCUGGCGGGACAACUACACCUCUUUCUGUAACCUUGACUCAAAGGACAUGUGCUACCGCUUUGAGGUUUCCUUGAGUGGCCCCGCCAUCGAGCUGCACAAUUGCAUGGCCAAACUUCUGGCUCACCCUCUACAGAGGCCUUUCCAGAGUCAUUUGUCAUACAGCCUCUUGGAGGGAGAGGAGUCGCAGGACAUUGAAGCCACUGUCUAA